UAUGGAUUUUUCGCUGGUUUCGUCGAUCGAUCUGUUCUAGAUUGCUUGGGAUUCUUAGAUAUUACUUAAUUUCUUACGAUUUUGAUGGAUUUUGUAGAGGAGAUAGCUUCGAUUGUUGAUUUAGGGUCUCUGGAGGGAAUCGACCGAAUCUCGUUUUGCUUGUGUACGAUCUAUGAGAUUGAUGUUCUCGAUGUGUUUUGAAGAUUUUGCUGAGAUUUAAGAAGAGUUUUGUUUAAUGUGGUAAAAUUCUGUAUCAGGGAGAGAAAUCAUGGAUUAAUUGAGAUAAUAUGUUUUGCUAUGGCAUAUAUAGCUUUAGACUUUUCAGAGAUCUGUUUGUUCAGCGUAGUUUCUUUCUAUGUUUUCUCUUGAUUUUAUAGACUCCUCAGGAUUGACUCUCGUAGGGUGGGCAUCUCUUAGAUCUUUAGAGUUCUCUUCUCGGAGAUGCAAUUGCGCCGUCGCAUGUGAUGUUUCUGAUUUUACAGGCCAAUGCUGCAUCUGGAAUGGCUGUGAAUGAUGAUUGCAAGCUGAAAUUCUUGGACCUGAAGGCGAAGCGAACCUACCGCUUCAUAAUUUAUAAGAUUGAGGAGAAGCUGAAGCAGGUCGUGGUGGAGAAGCUCGGCGAGCCGACUCUGGGCUACGAGGAUUUCACCGCCAGCCUUCCUGCAAAUGAAUGCAGAUACGCGGUUUAUGACUUUGAUUUCGUGACUGAAGAGAACUGCCAGAAGAGCAAGAUCUUCUUCAUUGCAUGGUCCCCUGACACGUCGAGAGUGAGAAGUAAGAUGCUUUAUGCAAGCUCAAAGGACAGGUUCAAGAGGGAGUUGGACGGUAUCCAGGUGGAGUUGCAAGCAACUGAUCCUACUGAGAUGGGCCUUGAUGUCAUUAGAGGCCGUGCCAACUGAGUAUCUUUUGCUUCUGCAGUGGAGGUAUUCUCCCUGCACUCUAGUUGCUUCAGUGAAUGCUUAUAUUUCCUGGGAUGGUGGAUUUGGUAGACAUAAUACGGGCUUUGUCGUCGAGUAUGUUAAAUACUUCUUGCCCGCUUUGACUCGUCUUUACCUUUGGUAUAUAUAUAUCUUGUGAUAUGUUAUCUCGUGAACAACGUUAUGUGAGGGUGUCUACUUGUAACCUGAUAUCUGCAAGCUAAGGUUAUGUAAUAGUUUGUGGAUCUAGCCAAGUAGGCAACACUUUUAUCUUGUUUCUAUGAAGUUGCCUUAGUACCUGCCUAUGUUUGAUUUGAAUUGCUGA